GUAACCCGCGAACUAAGCUUACUUCCCUUUAAAGAUAAUGGCUGCAAACUGUAUGGGACUAAUUUAAGUUUUUUAAAUGAGUUUUUCGUAGUUGGAAGAUAUUUUUAACACAUAUUUAAGUAAAAAUGAUCUAUUAAGCGGAUGGGUAUGUGAAAACAAUUAGAUAGUUUGUGUUUUAUGAAAUACUGGCAAAAACCGGCUUACUACCGCGAGCACUGCUACCUUGGCUUGACUUAAGGCUUGAGGCUACUUCCUUGUUUCGACGAAAACUGAAUAACAUGGAUAAAGCGCCACCGCCAAGAAGAAGGAAAUCCAGUGUUUUGCGACGAGAAGAUCUUAGAUCUCCCAAAGAUAUUCUGCAGCAAAUGGGAUUCUCUAAAUCUCGAGCAGAGAAGGCACUUGCUGCAACUGGAGACAGGGGUGUUCAGAUAGCCUCUGACUGGCUUCUAUCCCAUGUCAAUGACCCAGAGUUGGACAAGUGCACCCCUCGACAGUAUGUACUCUACUUGUGCCCAGUGGGACCUCUUCAAGAGCAGCUUUCCUGCUUCUACGAUACCUCCCUGAAGAUGUGUGGCUGGAAUGGGGCCCACAACUACUUCCCCCAUGUCACUCUGUGUCCUUUCUUCACAGCAGAGGAUAGCAAAUCACAACUGGUGGCUCAAGCUUUACAAGUGCUUAGUAUUUACCUGGAAUCCUGCCCUGGCCAGUUGAAGAUGGACUUCUUUAGUCAGAACAACUUUAUUGGACUUUUCAUGCAGGAUAAAUUUUACAAAUACUUUGCAGAGCUUGUCAGUGUGUUUGGAAAUGAAUGUAAAAAACAUGGAAUAACGGUUGAACCUGUAAAAAAGCAGCUGCAUAUAACCUUAGCAUACCAGUACCUAGGAGAAAACCACGAGGAGUUGAUGCGUCUAGCAAGAGAGAUCGACCUCGAGAGUGAAUGUCAGUGGGAAGUUAGGCUGUACUCACGUGAACCCCAGGUUGGCAAGAGUGAGGUGCGGCGAGUGAGAAAAUUAUACCAAGCCCAACUGGAUGAUGAAAUGGACCUUAUUGAAGGAGACUGCGUGUUCAUGGAUGCCAGUGAGAACACGCGCAGCACAGACAAGUGGUUUUAUGGCACCUCGUGGCUCACAGGCAAGCAGGGCAUGUUCCCUGGCCCGUACACUGACAGGACUGCAGAGACUUGGACCUGGGCCCUGCAUGGGACAGAGUUGAUGGCGCAGCAGGAGACAGAACAGCGCAAUGGAGAAACCAGUCAUCCUCAGCCAACAGCUAGUGGUGCAGGGGAGACCUAUGAAGCACUGUGGAAGCCAGUUGACGUUUAUGCAAAGGUGGAUCUUUGCAAGAAGAAAGGUGAGAAGGUUAAGGUUGAGAUGGCCCCUACGGCAGCCCCGAGGAAGCUGGUAGUGAUGAGGCAUGGGGAGCGUAUGGACUUUGUGUUCGGAAGGAGCUGGGUGGAACUCUGCUUUGAUGAGCAAGGUAAUUAUCGUCCUUGCGACUUAAACAUGCCAGCAUCUGUGCCUAAGAGGUGUGGUCACCACUAUGAAUACGCCAAAGAUGCUCCUCUCACCGUGAUGGGACAAUACCAAGCACAGCUGACAGGAGAGGCCUUGAAGGCAGCUGGUGUUGUAUUCACCCAUGCUUAUGCCUCCCCUUCCCUGAGAUGUGUUCAAACAGCCACUAGUGUUCUCAAAGCCAUGGGCCAGCUGUCUACGCCCAUAUGUGUGGAGCCAGGGCUGUUUGAAUGGCUGGGCUGGUACCAGCUGGGGCUGCCAAAGUUCUUCUCACCUAAGGAACUAGAAGCGGAAGGUUACAUUAUUGACCAAACUUACAAGCCGUUUUUUUCUGUCAAGAAAUAUGACAUAGAAGAAAAAAUCCAUGGUUACUACAGGAGGUCAGGGGAAACUGCCAGGAACAUUGCCAUUACCCACCAACAUGACAGAGGGAGUAUUCUGAUAGUUGGUCAUGCGGGCAGCCUCGAGGUGUGCACACGACAGAUUUUGGGCCACCCACCACGAGCGGAAGGCGAGUUCCGGGACCUCUGUAGCCGGGUACCGUACUGCGGGCUGCUGGCAAUAGAAGAGGACCCGCACUCCAAGAAAUGGAAGCUACUGGAUCCGCUGAUACACACACUCUCACACGGCACAAACAAACAGACGUUUGUCCAUAAGAUGCUUUACCCCUCGUAACAAAGUGUUCUUGUAAUGUGUCACCACUUGAAGUUAAUACAGGCAGUAUAUUAAGGCCAUCUAAAGCAAAUGUUUAUCAGUCAAGAAGUUGCUCUAGUGCUCCAUAGGAGUUGCUCAUGUCAUUUGCACCAUAAGAAGUGAAUUGAAAUAAGCUUGGCUUUGAGAAACACAGCUUUAAUGAAUGUGCCUUAAGUGUCAUCUCAGAUAAACCUAUGCUGUCCCCUCGGGCUUAUCAUGGGAGACACUUUCCAUUUUUAUGUUUUCAUAGAAAGGAAGUCCCUUCUGAACUAUUAACUAGUCUAGUUGGAAAGUGUCUUCCAUUAUAAGUCUGUGCAUACUGCAUAGGCUAAUCUGUGUCGACACUUAACUCGUAUUCAUUUUGCCCAGUUAUCCCAGAGUACGGCUCAAAUGAUUUUUACAUGGCUGUAACAAACAGUUGUUUGAAAAUAAGAUGUUGAUGUAAAUUGCAUAUAGGGCCUUGUUUUGUUCUGAUUAACAAAAUAAACAGUAUUACAGUGUGUGUAUUGUAAAUUACUCCCGAUUGAAUGUAAACAUUGUUUCACCAAAGAAAACAAUAGUGUUCUGAGUUAUUAAACAGUCUAGAAGUUUUGUUAAUACCUCCCUGCUCAGGUGUUUCCAAUUUGUAGCAAGAUAUGUGCUCAAUGAUAAGUUGAAGGCACAAUGAAGAUCAAUUGUGUAUUAAGUUAUUUCUAGAGCCUAAAUGAGUAACUGAAACAUGUAGAAAAAAUAUGUUCUGCACAUGUGUCACAGAUUUAUUGUUUCUUCUGGUAUAUAAUAUUGUUUGUUAUCAUUUCACAUACAUAUAUUGAAGUACAUGAAUGUGUUCUUCAAAAUAACUGUUAAUAAAUACCCAUAGAGUUUACAAAUGUCACAAAUGGAAGGUUGUAAAGGAAGAUACAGCUUUUUCGUUGGACCACAAUUUAAGUGUAGUCUAUUGUGUUUCCAAGUCUCUUGUACAGCGAAGUAAAACAUUUGUGCCACAAUGGUCUUCACUGUUUGCAGACAAUACAAAAGAUAAGAGCUUUUGUUUCCUUUAUUUAUAUGCUUGAUAAAUUUUAAUUGAUAAUGAGUUUAUUUUGUUAAUACAUGUAUUGAUAAGUUGUUUAACCUGGUUUUCAAUAAAGUUGAAAAUAUUGA